UCCACUCACGGAGAAAUAACACGGGGUCCGCGGCGUUGACUAACCGGCUCUAAAUGGUCUUCAUCCUGCGCCGUGUAUCUGUCUGUGGCCACUUAUUGUUCAUUAGUCCGGACUGACGCCGCCUCCCUGCUGUGACAACCAGCCGUCGUCCAGACUCGCUCCGUCCUCCGAGGGCCAGCCGUCUGUAUCUCAUUUGAUUUUCUGUGCGCGAGAGAUGGGCAAGGAUUACUAUAAAACGCUGGGCAUCUCCAAAGGAGCCACCGAGGAGGACGUAAAGAAAGCUUACAGGAAACAAGCGCUGAAAUGGCACCCGGACAAGAACAAGUCUGCAGCCGCAGAAGAGAAAUUUAAGGAAAUCGCUGAGGCAUAUGAAGUCCUGAGUGAUCCGAAGAAACGGGAGAUUUACGACCAGUAUGGAGAAGAAGGUCUCAAGGGGGGCAACGGACCCGCGGGUGACGGACAGGGCAGCACCUUCACCUACACCUUCCACGGGGACCCUCACGCCACCUUCGCCACGUUCUUCGGCGGCUCCAACCCCUUCGAGAUGUUCUUCGGGCGCAAAGCCAACGGGCGCGACGACGACGACAUGGAGGUGGACGGCGGCGACCCCUUCGGCUCCUUCACCAGCUUCAACCUGAACGGGUUCCCGCGCGACGGCCACGCGGGCCCGGGCGGCCAGCAGCGCCGCAAGCAGGACCCGGCCAUCAUCCACGAGCUGCGGGUCUCCCUGGAGGAGGUCUUCCACGGCUGCACCAAGAGGAUGAAGAUCUCGCGCAAGCGGCUGAAUCCGGACGGCCGGACCAUGCGCACCGAGGACAAGAUCCUCGCCAUCGAGAUCAAACGGGGCUGGAAGGAGGGCACCAAGAUCACGUUCCCCAGAGAGGGCGACGAGUCGCCCGGCACCAUUCCCGCCGACAUUGUCUUCGUCAUCAAGGACAAGCCGCACCCCCACUUCAGGAGGGAAGGCUCCAACAUCGUGUAUCCGGUUCGCGUGAGUUUACGGCAGUCGCUGUGCGGAUGCUCGGUUACCGUGUCGACGAUAGACGGGAAGACGUGCAACAUGAAGAUCACGGACGUGGUCAAGCCCGGCUUGAGAAAGACUGUGGCCGGACAGGGCCUGCCGCUGCCCAAGAACCCGGAGCAGAGAGGAGACCUGGUGGUGGAGUUCGACGUGAACUUUCCCGACACGUUGCCCAGCAACGCCAAGGACGUCCUGAAGCGACACUUACCCACUUAGGACGAGGGACGCGGACUGAAACGAGAGGAGAACGCGGCGUCACGGCGUCCACGCUCGGCGCCCAACGCGCGGUCUCACACUCACACACACACCAGGACUGGCGGCUCACAGACGGACCCGUUAGCGAGGAAUGUGAAACUUCUAUUUUUGAGCUAUUUGGUGUUUUUUUUAAAUGCCACGCAUGCUGCCAAGUUGAUACGAAUCCAAGUAACAGACUGUUUGGGCUGCUGAUAUCUGAAAGUACUCAUUUUAUGUUUGUGGGUCUGUGCCACACUGACUUUAUCCUUUUGUGUGUUGGAAAUAUUUGGCUAUGAAUUAGUCUCCAGUUGCCAAAAAAGCCCCAGUGAUCCUGGGAAAACUGCAGUGCCAAACGUAUUAUCUUAUUUAGAUUUGAAAGGCUUCAUUACUGAAAUUUUUAACUGUCAUUAAUGUGUAUUUUGUUAUAGAACAGAUAUGAGCUUCAGUUUGGAGUCUGUCUUAAAAUCGGUGUAUAUUUUCUUCGAAUGGACGGUGACUGAAUGAACCGGUGGUGUCGAUUUUAGACACUCUGUGAUCUUCAUGUGAAGAUUUGGAUGUGGCUUUUGAAAUAAAUAUGUGCGAACGUG